UAAUUAUUGUGAAAGAAUACGCUGUUCACGUUUUUUUGCUUAACUAGCUUUUUCGUGUUGGUGAAUUUGAUUUAUCGCGUAUUACAUUUAAAUUCCCAGCAUAUGGACGAAGAAAGAACAUAAAGUUGUUGUACUGAUUGGUUUUUGCGGAGUAUACUGUAAUUAAUUCAUCGCAAAUUCCUGUAUGGAAAUAUCAGUCAGGUGGCUCUUCGCAGUAUUUCGGGUACCUUCAUGUGUAACAAAUUGUAAGGAUCUGGAAGCAGAUCUAGUCGAUAUAAGUCUAUGCUGGCAGAAGCCGAAUGCGCGUGUCCGCUUUAGGGCUCGCACACGUAUCACCAAGUGCAUCGAUUGUCCGAGCGCCUCCGUUAAUCGUGUAGUUUUUUUCUAUGUGUUAAAAAAAACGCGCAUUGUUUUCACUUGACAGGCCGUAUACAGGAUUUUAAAAAAGCAGGGGAAACCCCGCAACUUUUACUUCCUCUGGACGUAUAUGUGAAGGCUAACGAAAGGGUUCCGGUUAACGCUUUUUUCGAAGAAAUUCUCUGCAGUACAAUGCAUUUUUUUCCGCAACUGUGCAGUGGGAUUUUGGAAUAACGAUGCGUUUCGUCCGGGUAUUUAAUGUUUUACAUUGUUGCUGUGUGCGAUCGUAGUAUCAUCGCAUUUUCGCUUCUGAUGUCAAGAUCAUCAAGACCAAUUCAGGGCUCAGAAAAAAAUUACCAUAUUAAGUUAUGUUGCGUGGAUGUUUUGAUAUUUUUUGUUAUGCACGUAGGCUAAUGGUUACAUACUACUAUACUGUAGUGUUUUCGGAAGUUUGCGAUCUCCUGUAAUUUUGCGUUCAUUGCAUAAGGUGGAGAUGCAGCAGCUUGUGAAACUUGGGAUACGCAAGUUGAACAACCUUCUAAAUCCUUCAACAUUUUGACACGUACAUUUACAUUGCACCGAAAACAUGUAAUUACUUUUGAAUGAUUGCAUGCGUUAAUUCUUAAAUGGAGUAACAAAUGUAUACCAGCAUAUAUAUCGAAAACGGCGGCUGAGCGAAAAGUUGCAGACUUGCAAGAAAUGCACCAUCGAAAUCGCGGAAACCACGACAGCAACCUCAAGUAAACUAAUUUCUGGAAAAAAAGAAACAGCGAUCACUUAUUUUGUUAUUAGAAACCUCUCAAUCCUUUAUUAGAUCAUAGUAUUUUGCACUUCCCAUAUUGCGUAUUACUAUGAUGUUGUAGUAAUAUACACCUUGCCGGCUGGUGUGUUUCAGUUUAAAUGUCAUGUUUUGUUUACUCGUUUUGACACAAUUAGGCAUCACUGAACGUUUAAUUUACCUAUACCUAAAAAGGCAAGAUGUUUUACUUUCCUAACCUCUGCAUGCAGAGAUGAAUACUGCAUUUGUGCGUUGCAUGGUGAAACGGAACCUCUCGUGCCUUCGCAUUGACAAAUGCGAGUUUUGUGUCACUAAAAAUUCUUGGCCACAAAACGGCAUUUCCACUUGUGACAAAUUGAAGAAGUUGAUAUGAGUUUGCUCAUAUUUAAUUGUGCUGCUGCUUAAGUACCAACCGAGUGGAUCGAAGUUGGACCGACCUUCAUGCAACAGGUGCUCUGCAGCUUGUUGAUGGUUGGUCGAGAAGAUCAAGAACAAGUUCCAGAUUUCUUGCAGAUACCUGACACAGUUUGGGAACUGCCAGAAUGGAUGAGCAUCAGGCUCUCCAGUCCAUUAUGAAGGACCUGGUGGCCCUUCAGACGUCUCGUCGCCAGCCUCUGCCAGGUUGUGGCUCAGGGAGACCCAAGGCAGUCAAUUCCACAAGCCGGAAGAACGAUGUGAGAGUCAAGUUCGAGUUCAGUGGAGAAAUAAGGGUCCUUAUGUUUGGACGGCCAGUCCAGUUUGAGGACCUCAAACAGAAGGUGGCAACCAUGUUUGGCCAGCGGCUGAACCUGUACUACAUGAACAACGAGCUAUCCAUACCCUUGAACAGUCAGGAGAACCUAGACACUGCCAUCGACCUCCUGGACCGUAGCUCCAGUAUGAAGAGCAUCAGGAUCCUGCUUCUACAUUCUGAGCAUAAGGAAGCUCCACCCCCCUCCCAUGUCUCUGCCUGUAAGCAGGUGCGUAUCAAGACCUCCCUGUCCUCGAGUGAUGUCACCGCUGCCUUCCACCCCCCCGAGCCCCGGGGGCAGCACCACUCCACCGGCUCCCAGAACACGGGUCGCCGCUCCCCCCCUCCCGGAUAUGUGCCAGAGCGGCAGCAGCACAUUGCACGCCAGGGCUCCUACACCAGCAUCAACAGCGAGGGCGAGUUCAUCCCUGAGAACCUGGACCCGUGUAUGCCGGACCCCUGGAGCAGUGCGGAGAACUCUGUGUCAGGCAGCUGCCUGUCCCUGGACAGCAGCUCGGACAGUCCAGCCCUCAGGAAGUCACGGAUGUACAGGGCCAAAAGUUUCCCAGACAACCGUCAGGAAUUUUCCGACCGCGAGAAGCACGUCCAUGACAGGACUGCAAAAGGAGGCACCUACCCCAGGCGGUACCACCUCUCCCCCCAGCACAAAGACCACAAUGAAGGCCGGCGCACCUUCCCGCGUAUCCGCCGGGCUCAGGGGAACCUCUUCACGCUGGUGCCGUCGAGUCGCUCGCUGAACAACAGCGAGGAGAGCCUGGGUUCCGCCUGGCAGAUGCUGGAGGCUCAGGGACAGCUGCGUCCCAAGGAGCGCACCCUCCCCUGCAAGUCUCCCAGUGCCCCUCUGACGUGGCGCCGUGGCAAGAUGUUGGGACAGGGUGCCUUUGGGCAGGUUUACCUGUGCUACGACGUCGACACUGGCCGGGAACUUGCCGCCAAGCAGGUUCGGUUUGACCCCGAGAGCCCGGAGACCAGCAAGGAGGUGAGCACCCUGGAGUGUGAGAUACAGCUCCUAAAGAGCCUGCACCACGAGCGCAUCGUGCAGUAUUACGGCUGCCUGCGGGACCACGGCGAGAAGACCCUCACCAUCUUCAUGGAGUACAUGCCCGGGGGCUCAGUUAAGGACCAACUGAAGGCUUAUGGGGCCCUAACGGAGAACGUGACCCGGAAGUACACCAAGCAGAUCCUCGACGGCAUGUCCUACCUUCACAGCAAUAUGAUCGUGCAUCGUGACAUCAAAGGUGCCAACAUCCUGCGAGACUCUGCCGGCAACGUGAAACUGGGAGACUUCGGUGCCAGCAAGAGACUCCAGACCAUCUGCAUGUCGGGGACGGGCAUUCGCUCUGUCACUGGCACCCCCUACUGGAUGAGCCCUGAAGUGAUCAGCGGGGAGGGUUAUGGACGCAAGGCUGACGUGUGGAGUCUGGGCUGUACCGUGGUGGAGAUGCUGACGGAGAAGCCGCCCUGGGCCGAGUUUGAGGCUAUGGCGGCCAUCUUCAAGAUUGCCACUCAGCCCACAGUGCCGGCACUGCCGGCCCACACCUCGGAGCUCACGCGUGACUUCCUGCGUCGCAUCUUCGUGGAUGCCCGGCUUCGGCCCAGCACCGAGGAGCUGCUCCGGCACCCUUUCGCUCAGCUGCUGUACUGAGGGGGCUCUCACGGCCCCACUGACUGCAGACCUGCUGCAAGAAAGUGACUGCGCAGUGCACAACUUUGCCCCUGAACACUGGGGGGCACUGUGAUCUCUCACAAGUUGCAGGUGGCCACAGAAUAUGAUUUACUCAUAAAACUUUUCCGGAGGUAGUAACAGCAGCCAUAGUGUGAUGUCCACAAGAGCUCAGUGCUCAGGGCUCAGUUGCUCAAGUCCAGUGGAUCUCCAUCACCCAGAAAUGACAGACGGGCCUCUGUCUAACAUUUCACAAAUGGCACCUCGCGGGUAUCCAGCAGGAAGCUAGACUCGGUUUUCCUCCUCUGCACAGCAGUAUUCUGGCCUCUCGUUCACUGAAUACCACAUACAGGGGGUGGGGGGGGGAGUGUGGAUUUUUCCUCCCUCGUUUAACCUCCCACCAAUCUCUGCGGAGCUCCACUGACGAAGUUUGUGGCUGAAAUAGUCUCCCUCAGUCAAUGGCCAAAUGCAGCUUUAAACAAACAGGACGCCGUGAAAGGGAAGCCUUUCAGCAGCUGAAAUAGUUUAUUUAACUUGUGUUUUUAAGGAAGUGCCGUAAUGACAGCUUGAGAGCCACUUGAGCGUUACGCUUGUGCCAUAGUCUAGGUUUUGGGAGCUGGGCUGCUCAGCGGUGCCUCUUCUUAAACCACUGGUUUGUUCUGUUUAGGUUUAAUUUCUAAAAUGCACUGUUUAGGGAAUGAAUGUAAUUUUUUGUUUGUUUUGUAUCAUUUCAAGUGAAACUUUUUUACUGUAUUUAUGCCAUGGUGUCUCAUUUUUAAUCUCUGGUCUUUUUUGUAUGCUAAUGCCUUUCUGAAAUGAAAAACUGACGGCAAGCCAAACUAAAUUGUUGAGGUGGCUGGCUUUUCACAGGAAAGCACUAUGAACAUUUUAACAAGAAUAUAGGAGGUGAGUAAAUUCUCUCUACGAGACCUGCCCGUCUGAUACCUUGUAAGUCCAGCAAAGGCCAUUGGCCUCCUGUCUUUCAUGACUACAUGCUGAACAGCAGUAUUGCCAGGAGGAAGGCCUGCAUCUCCUGUUAGGUUGCUCAGGUCAAGUCGGAAGAUUGCUUUUAGCCUUAAGACCCAUGUUUGUUACUGAUGUUUUGAUUUCAGGUGCUGUGGAAACCGUAAUGUUUCCGUUCACAAAACAAGCUAUAAAUAAUGCAUCAAGUUAGCGGCCUUACCUGACUGAUGGGAAUUUUGUGUUACACUGUGAUGGAUUUAUGGCAUUGUGAGUCGGGGAAAUGUACUCUUGUGUGUGGUUGACAGUUAGUUCUUAGCUCAGAACCCUCACAAACCUUAACUAAAUUCUGAAACAAAAACCACAAAUAAAACAUUAUUUCCCCUCAA